CUCAUAAACCCCACCUUUGUUUAUCCUCUCUUUAUCUCUCUCAUCCUCUUAUUAUUUUAUUUCUCAAACUUGAACAGAAAAAAAUCACUUUCAAGUUCAAUUCAGUUUAGUUCUUUUGAGUGUUCCAAAUUCUGAGAGAGCAUGGAUAGUCAGAGAGGUCCUCUUGUUAGCUGGGCUUACUUCUGUCAAGGAAAGACAAUGGAAGAGCUUAGGCAUUCUCUUUUGUGUACUACUUUGGAGCUGGAACAGACAAGAGUGGCAGUUCAGGAGGAGCUGAGAAAGAGAGAUGAUCAAUUAAUUCAACUCAAAGAAUUGCUGAGCAAGGCAAUGAGAGAGAGAGAUGAAGCACAGGAGAAAUGUCAAAGACUUUUCCUUGAGAAACUCCUGCUUCACCAACAGCAACAGCGUGUCGCUCAUCCUCUUUCUGGAGUUUCUAGCAUCGAAGAUGAACCCAGAAGAGGGAUUGACUCCAACAAUGGCUUCUCAUCAUCCGAUUGUGAGGAAAGCAUUGUUUCAUCUCCUGUUCUUGAUCCAAUUCAACAAACCCAACUGCCAAUAGCACCACCACCUCAACCGAUGCCACAAGAAACCAUAGAGAUAGUGCCUGAAAAGCCCUUGCCUGAAAAGGGAAAGCUUUUACAGGCUGUGAUGAAAGCCGGUCCACUCCUGCAAACCCUUCUUUUGGCUGGACCACUGCCUCAAUGGAGACACCCACCACCACCACUUGAGUCCUUUGAGAUCCCACCUGUGUCCAUUCCUUCCCCAUCACUACCACCACCUCCACAAGUCUUCCACCAAGACUCCUUGAUCAGCAUUAACGGUUGCAACAUCCUAAACACCUGUGGUAAAGUUGACAGAAAAAGGGUUCUUUAUGAUGGCUCUGAUUCUCCUACAGAGACCAAGUACCAAAGAUUAGUUCUCCCUUGACUGCUACUACAACAAGAGUAGUCUACAUAGUAUUAAUUCAUAAAAUUUACCAUUUUUAAACUUAUAUUAUAGAAUGGUGAAAAUCAGCCUAUCAGGUUACGGUGACUGAUCUAGCAUAUUUGUACAGAGGUUUGCUUUAGAGAAGCAACUACCCAACUUCCUAGUUAACUCUUCGGAGAGAGUCAUAGAGAGCUUUUGUUUCUUGGCUUUUUGCCAAUGUUUUUGGUGAAGAUUUUUUGUCCUUAUUUCCCCCCUUUUUCUUCAAAUUUCUCCAAGUUUUUGCUCCAAGAUGUGAAAGGGAGCUUUGAUUUCUCCAAAAUUGCUGUGGCAUGAUUAAAUUAGCAGUACAACUUAGUUUUCUAUAGUCUUACUAAGGUGUGUGACUUGUAAGGGUGGGAGAAGUGUGGACUGUUUGAGAAUUGAGAGAUUACAUUAAAAAUUAAAAAGAUUUUUAAAGCAGAAAUGAGUGUGGAGCAGUUGAAACGGGGAAGAUGGGUAUGGCCAACAACCAAGAAGGUCUAAGAGGCUUGCUUGUCGGAUUAGUGGAUCCCACAAAUCAGAAUCAGGAUCUGCUACUGGUGUGAUGUAUGAUUAUAUUACUCUUUUCUUUUUGGUGUGAGGGAAGUAUGAUUAUUUAUAUAUAAGUCUAAUCUUACGUUUGUGGAAAUCAUUUUUUCCCUCUUCUCUAUUUAAUCCUAAUAUUCUAAAGCUUCUUUUUAUCUAUCUGCUCCCACUUAAUUUGUUUAUUUGUUAUUUCAGCAUAAUAACUUUAUCUCCCUAAACUAGAGCGAAAAUAACGUUGGGCUUUCCUUUUCCAUGUCGCCUUCCCAAUAUAUGGAUCUGGGAAACCUUUUCCACUUGCUAAUAUUUGUGAAAAAAGCAAUCAAGUCACCAAUGAAACCUUGUGGAAAUGAGGCUUCUAUCUAUAUGACAUACUGAAUAGAUAUGCUUCCCACCUUGUUAGCAAGGUUUAUGUCUCAAUUGCAUGGGAGCAGUAAUUGAAAUGCUUGAAGUUAUGCUAUUCCUACAACAGUUUUAGCAAGGUGAUUCUCCUUGGCCUCAAAGUUCAGGAUUUGAGCCUCAAGACCAACUAGAAAAGGAAAAAAGAAAAGAAAAUCUCAGGUCCAUCAAACUCCCGCUAUUAGUCGAAAAGAUUUAUAAAAAAAAAAAAAAAGCUUCUUAUGCUCUCAAGUCUCAAUCGCUAGAUGGCAAGUCAGAUUAAACAACUUCGAUCCUUUGCCUCAUGCAUAUUUUGUCAAUGCAAAGCAUAAAUGAAAAAAGAGCUAUUACAAAGUCAUGUUCACAUUGACAAACUCGAAGGCGAUGGAUUGAUUUAAUUGGUGAAGCCUAGUGCAUGAGCAUUGAACUUGUUUCUAGUCUAUCUUUAACAAAUCUACUAGUAAUUAAACCCAGCAAGUUAUUGGAAGAAAACUCGCUUUUUAUCCAUUAUAUAAUUGACAAGGCGUAAAACAGAGGUCAUGCCCAGUAUACAAGAAGAGGGAUCCAGAUAAUGACACAUUUCAUUUUAAUUUAAUGGGACAACCCAAAGUGUUUUAAAGCAUAAACAUGGUUAGAAAAUUGAGGCCUAACAUGUUACAGGCUGACACAAAAUUCAAACGCGCAAAGGAAACUUGAAACCUUGUGGUACUCGUACUAAAGCAGCAAAACAAACAGGAGCAUGAUAUUUUAUAGUCGAUAUAUAACGGAAAGGA